AUGGCAAAAAUUGAUUCAAAAAUUCGUCUUCUUUCUAAAAGAACAAUAAAUAAUAAAAUAGCAUUUAAUUAUCAUAGAAAUAUUGAUAUUCUUCAGCAUGAAAUUGUAUCAACUUGUAAAACUGCCACAAUUACUUCUGAUCUAUGGACAUCACAAGCUAUUCACCAAUUUCUUUUAAGCAAAUACGCUGAGUUUAAUCUUGAAGAUAAAAUUGUAUAUGCUAUUACAGACAAUGGAGCUAACAUG